AUGUCAGUGAAGCUUUUGUUUGGAACAAAUUCUGGGACCUCAGAAGUGUCAACGCAUAAGAAGCCACAUAGGUUUUUGACCAUUUUAUCCGAGGCGUUGGUUUUUCCCACCUUAUUGAGUUCCACUAUCAGCGACGAAACCGUAGACGCAGCCCGGAGCUGCAACAAAGAAGAUUCCUCAGCUUUGAUGCUCUCCAUUAGAGAUCUGAUCACCGGUGUAAGUUUCUUUGGAAGACCUGCAAGUUUCAAAGUAGCUGCCGAAUAA